GGAAGAAUGGUGAUUUUACAAUAUUCUGCUGAAACUUCCUGGCACCUGUGAUGUUAAAAAUCUCAGAACACACAGUUUCUGAGCAAGACUGUCAUUUGGAGACAGACUUCUCUAAGGAAAGAAAAGAGACUUCUCUUCUAGCCAAGAUGAAAGAUAUACGAACCAUUCAGGAAACGUCAGGGGCCCUGCAGAGUGAAGUCUGUGAGCAGGAAGCUAAAAUGGAGACACAGGCACAAAGAGAAGAUGCACGUGCCAGUCUCCCAAGAACACAAUCACCUUCAGUACAUUUUCUUUCAAGUAUGACAGAUUCAGAUACCACAGCACUGCCAUCGUCAUGGUCAUUAUCCACUGACAUACCUCUCAGUUACUCUCUGUCCAGCCCUCAGAUUAGUAGAUUUAAUAUACCAACAAUUGCACCAAAGCCUCGUAAAUCAACCAUAGUGAACUAUUCCCCAUCAGAAAGCAGAUCAGGAGUCAACAGCAUCAUAAUUCCAAAGAAAGAGACGCUGUCGUUUCAUGCUUCUGAGACAACUGUUACUGGGGAAGGAGAGGAUUAUUUCCUAUCUUUGUUUGGCAAUUCAAAGAAAUUUACUACACACUCAUCUCAUACUAAGAAAACUUGGAAGCACUUUCCUAUGAUUCUUGAAGAAGUGAGCCAGUCUAGGUCAAGUGCUCUUGGAGACAUUAAAAUAGCUGAAGUGAACACCAAGGGUUUAUUCGUGAAGCUCAUUAACUCUUCCAUUGACAAAGAACUAGAGAUUGGAAAUCAUAUACUCCGGCAAAACGUGAAUGGACAAACAGUCUCUUUGUACCGAUUCCUUUCAAAUAUCACAAUGCAGGCCAAUUCCACAAUAACAGUCUGGGCAGCAGCAUCUGAAGCAAAGCAUCAGCCACCAUCAGAUUUUCUUUGGAAGGAAGAAAACAAGUUUAGAGCAAGCCCGAAUUGUACGACAAUCCUAUGCAAACCUAAUGGUGAGGCCAUUGCCUGGUACACUCCUAUUCACUGGAUGCAAGCAUGGGAAAAACUAGAGACCGACAUUGAAUUUGAGAGAUGCUCAUUAGUAAGUCCAACAUCUCAAAGGUACAAGUUUCGUUGGCCAGAAGUUACAACUACAAGUGAAAAAAAACAAGAUCGUUCUAAGAAAGAUAACUCAAAACAUCAGAUGGAACCAGUUCAAGUUUUUCUUAAGAGAGAAAAAGAAGUCCCACCAACCCUUUUUCCCAAUCGCAGCCCUUGGUGCAGCAGUCCCGGUGUCCCUGCACACCCCUACUGUCCUCUGAUUGAACCUCACAAUACUAGCAUGGCUGGGAGCAGCUUAAAGAGACAGCCCAGGCUCUGUCAGCCAGGCCUGAUCCAGCCCAGGCAAGAGCAACAAAUGAAAAAGUAAACAGAUGGGACUACAUCAAGUUAAAAAGUUUUUGCACCGUGAAGGAAACAAUCAGCAAUAUGAAAAUACAACCUAUUCAAUGGAAGAAGAUAUUCGCCAAUGACACAUCUGAUAAGAGGACAGUAAUAUCCAAGUCCACAGAACAGAAGGAUGCCUGUCAUGUCAC